AUGGUUGCACAUAGCGGCUACUUGGCGGAGGGACGAUUGAAAAUGCACGCUGGUGACAAAACAAAACCUCAUCAAAUGGAUGGCACUUAUCCGGAUAUGAAUUAUAUUUUCUUCAAGGGCAUACCGAAAAUGAUACAGGUAGCAGAUGAUAUGCACCGAAUGACUGAUUAUAUAAUGGAUUUACGUAACAUGACCAUUGGAUUCGUAUGUUUCUUAUUUAUGGGAGCACUGAUAUUUCUCUUUUUGCGACAUAUACAAAAACAAAGUGGUGCUGAUAUGCGCGAAAGAAAGAUUAUAGCUGACCAUCCUGAGGACCUAGGAAAGUCAGCGCGACCGUACAGUGGUACUUGUAAAAGUUAUUCUGAACCGUGGCAUGGUCCAGCAGUGAAAACUUCGGCUGUCAUUCUCGAAGAGGAACUUUCUGGAAAAACAAAAUCCACACUUCCAACAGUGAAAGUAAACGGAUGCGUGGCGAACGCCAGAUUUGGAAAUGAUAGAAAUCACAGCAAUAACUCCCUUUUAAAGGUAUAUUCAUCAAACAAAUGA